UCGCCUUGCAGAGGGCCCAGGUAGGCUCCACAGCCAUUGAUUCAACUUUCAUGAGUUCCCUUUUUUAGAGGUAAUGUUUUCUGGGAGCAGCAAGAAAUAGAAUGUGUAGAAACAACCAUAUUUGCUAAAGGCAAAAGAAGGGAACAUAUUUCUUGUCUCCUAUGGACAAUUCAGAUAUGCAGCCACUUGUUUAAUUCACUCCGCCUGUCUAUCUUCACGAAAUACAAGAGAGACACGGCACAGGCUCUGUCUUGCAGAUGGAGAGACUGAAGUCAAGAAAAGUAAAGUUCUAUAAAUCAUAUCUCAGAACUUUCUGACUCAGAAUAGAACGUGCGGUUUGGUCCGAAAAGGCUGAGUGUAUUUAAACUUUGCCCUGUAGGUUACAUAUGAAGACAGCUGACUAAAAUAUCAAACUAUGAAGGAAACUUCCACGAGGAACAAUAAUUUCAAAGUUCCUAGUACAGUGAAUUCUGCAGAUGCUGAAUGGGGAAGAGCAUCCAGUCAAGGUGACUUUGUUGAGCGGCUGCCUCCAGAGGUCACCGUUAAAAUCUUCAACCAGCUAGACAUUCAGAGUUUAUGCAGAGCGUCUGAGACAUGCAGGCGUUGGAAUCUCACAAUAAAGAACAGUGACGAGAUCUGGAAACUUCACUGCUUGACCGCAAGAGCUGUGUGCCAAAGAGAAAUAGAUGAUGACAGAAAAAGUGGUUAUACCUGGAGGGAAACAUUCCUAAGAAAUUACCAGAAGAGUAAAGUGAAACGUGAGUGGCUAAGUGGCAGAUACAGCAACAUACGUUCUCCCGAGAACCUGCCAGAAAAAUCCAUGUGCCCAAUGGACGCAGAUACAUGGGGGGAAAUUCUAGAAGCAGAACUGAAAAGAGAAGUUGAAAAAUCGCAGUAUCCCUCGUGGCUUUGAUGGUACAUGAUAAAAUGACUCAGACUGCAGGAGACUUUAAAAUCUGGUCAUGUUUUUCUCAGCUUUUUAAAAAUAUCUAGCACUUAAAAGAAAACAAAGUUGAAUGUGAAGCUUUGUUUGUAUUUUGCACUUUGAAAAAAUUUUCAGGUUUUAUGCUGUGAGAAAUCAUGAAAUGUUAUUUUUAUAAGAAAUAAUAGAGUAAUAGAUUUUGAAAUGUAUUGUUUCAUAUAUUGGUGUUAGACUAUUGUAUUACUUUAAGUGGUGCAAUUUAUUGUUAUUUUCUAUUUAAUCCUUCAACAAUUCAGAGGCUACCUGAAGAAACCUAUUUAAAGACUCAUUAUAAAUAAGUACAUUUAUCUCAUUUAUAGCAAGUGAGAUCGGUUGCAAUAUACGUAAACUAAUAAUAAAAUUGCACAUUAAUAACUUUACAGUUUUUACUUAAGUGGAACAGAUUGAAUUGUCAAAUAAUGAAAACUAUUUUAAAAUGUGUUAAACCUAAGGUUUAUUUAAACUUGAUCUAAUCUUGGAGCUGAAACUCUUAGGUUAAGAUUUACAUUAUUUUUUACAUUAGUCUCAAAGGCUGAGAAUGUGUGAAAAGCUUCAGAAUAUUUGACAGGACAAUGAGAACCACCAAAGGCUGUGUUUUCCUUAGUCAGCUGCAUUCCAACACCCUGAUAGCGCCACCUAGUGGACUUUUAGAUGCUUCUCCUUACUUAACAAGAAAAUGUGUUCUCCAAGCACUAUUUGAUCUCGUUAAAGUGUAUCUUUGUAGGGAGAGAAUCUUUUUUCAACUUUGUUUCUCUUUUUUCAUAAAAGGAGAUUAUGUAGCGACAUUUCCUCUACCAGGUUAUCCCACCUGAAUCUGUAAACCAUAGUAAAAAGUGUCUACAAAUAUGGUUAUUUGUAUGGGGUUUCUAUAGUUAUUAUUCCUUACCAUUCUGUUGUUAUGAUAAAGCAUCAUGACCAAAAACAGCUUAUGGAAGAAGGAGUUUAUUUAGCUUAUCGUUCCGGAGCAGGAAAAGUCCAUCACUUCAAAGGAAGAAGUAGCAAGCAUGGAGGCUAGAGUCGGAAGCUGAGAAAUCACAUCCUCAGCAAAGAGCAUGAAGCAGAGAUAGUCAACUAGAGGUAGGCGAGGCUUUAAGCUCUCAAAGCCUUGCCCCAGUGACACUUACUUCCUCCAGCAAGGCUGCAUCUCCUAAACCUCCCCAAACAGCGCUACCAACCAGAGACCAACAAGUAUUCAAAUACCGGAGCCCUAUGUAGAACAUUUCUUAUCAAACUACUAGAUUUUUUAAAUCUAGGAAACCAAUGUUUAAUAACUAACGAUUUAGAAACUAAACAGCCAUCAGUCAAUGCCUCAUCGUAUACAAAUUAUUUUUGUUGCAUCACAUGGAUGAUUAUCAUCUCCUAGUAUCUUAAGAGCUGGAAAUGAUCUUGAAAACCAGGCAGGGCAGUUUCCAGGACUAUUCAGUAAUUUCCCGUCAGUACACUGAGGUCUCAGAGGCCUGAGUUCAAAAACAUCUGUUAUAGUAAUAUAUAUAUCGUAAUAUAUAAAUCGUAAGUCAGUACUCUCCUAGGAUUGCUGCAAUCAUUAUAAAUUCUCCUCAAAGUACAAGACCAUCCAUAGCCUGUGUCUGUAGUCCUGUUUCUGCCUGCUAGGACAAGAUUGAUCUAAUCCUUCUCUUCGUUUGCUAUUUGAAUACUUGAAGCCAGCUGGCCUCUCUUCCUAUUAUCUAAUCUCCGUUCCUUCCCGCGGUCACAUGCCAUCACUUCUAGGCCAAGCAGCACUCUCAGCUGCUCAUGCCCUCUUAACAAAUGUGUGGUUGGGAAGGAAGCUAUCCUGCUGAUUUCGUUUAGGAAGAGAUCAUUCAAAAGCACUUUGAAAUCUUGAAAACAUGGAAGUGAAGCAGUAACGCGUCUUAAUGUAUGACAACCACAUGUACAUGUGGGUGUUGUAGGCUGUCGCCUUUUCCUGCAAAUAAAGAAUGCCCUAACCUGGGGGUUCACCCUUCUCACUCAUGGCCCCCUCUCUGCCGGCCUCUGUGUGCAGUGUGAGACUGGAACGUGACUGAACCCACCUCCUCCUUAAGCUGGAAGACGCCACAGAGAAGUGGGUCCUCAGUCAGAGAAUACACAUCCAACAGAAAAACAAAGGAAGGGACAAGAGGAUUGUGGUGAAGGGUCCAAUUCAGCCAGUCCACUUGUCUGAACCCCUACAAAUUGCACCAGAAACCCUGCCCUGCCCACAGGGUUUUCCUACUGUUUUCAAUGUAACUGUAAAAGUAUGGUUUACAUUAGUAUCUUGGUUUUGCACUAGGAACCCUGCCUGUAGGGCUUCCUUUGCCUAUUUUUCAAGUAUGUGAUACUUGUAGUUUAUGUUAGUAUCUUUGUUUUAGAGAGCUUAACCCUUGUUUCCUUAGUCCAGCCAGUUUUGUGUCCUGAGGUAAUCCCUUGUCUCCGAUGGUCUCAGCAUCCAUUUCCUUCUCUGUCUUCUAUAACUUGUUCUUCCCACAGAUAUUGAAAUCGCUACUAAGGCACAAGUAACUUACUUCCUAAAUGUCUUUGAUACAUUUUGGUUGUUAAGUUGUUUGAUGCUCGGUUCUUGUAAUUCUUCGUUUGGAGGCAAGCAUCUCAUUUCUCUUUUCACGCUCUAACCAGUCUUUAAAUUUCCUUCAGAGACACACCAUCUAUCCAUUACAUGUUGCUGUUCAUGCAGGUUCAGACUGCGGUCCUCUUCUUACAUCCUGAACAUCUACUCCCCCAUUAUCACUGCCAUUGUUGGUGCUUGUGGUGUCUGUAUCCAUGACGCCACAUCAGGUUUGCCCAUUCUCUUCCAGAAACACCUGUGCCAACCUGUUGGAAUCAUAGCUAAGUCACUAUCACCAGAACUAGAACUUAUUAAAGCAAAAGACUAGUUAUUCUUUCAGCCUCUAGCCAGGAAAGUGGCCAGGGCUUCUAGGCAGUUAACACUAUUUCUGCUUUUCUCAUUCUGUGUCCAUCCAGCCAAGAAUCAGUUCCUCCUGGUUUUGUUAGCUGAAUAUCUGAGCAGUCCAACCCUUCUCCAUAUUUUCUCCUCUUCAUUACGUCUUGUCCUUAUUGAAGUUGACAUGGCUAAGAUAACCUCCUAACACUGUUGAUAGAUCCCCCUUCCUGAGAGCCCUCAAAUGAGCAUGUCCCUUCUAACUUAGAUCACUUGAUACUUUCAGGUAGAGAAUGGCCCUGGAAGGCCAGGGAGGCCUUUAGUGAUGCACCCUAGCUUACCCCUGUAGCAUUUUCUCUCACAACUUUCCCUUCCGUAUCUUUCAGUUCAGUCAUACCCAGUAGCAUUCGCAGUUACCUGGCCAUGCUUGCUCCCUUGCCUCUGCCGCUGUGUGCAGGUUAUGUGGGGUUAGACGACACACACACUUUCAGGGUUCUCCCUUCCUCCACCAUCAGCUCUUGACUUGGCAAGAUCUUCCACCUCUAAACCAUCUGAAGCUGUAUUGUUCUGGAUCACAUUAUUCUUCUAAAGUUCAUAUAUAUCUUUCUUUGUAACAUUCUGCUAAAAGCCUUCACACUGUUGAGUUGUCUGUUUGUCUACCUGCCCCUAUAAAUCGAAUUUUUUAGUGACAGGUACCAUGUUUUAAUUUAUUUUUCUGCCCCUUAAACCUUAUUUUUAUUAAAUAAAAAUAAAUUUUUAUUAAAUUAAAUAAAAAUAAGGUUUACUAGUUAAAAUUUAGUUAUUUAUUGUAUUAUUUUUAUACAUAUGCAGAAUGUACAAGAAAAAUAUAUUGUCAUUGGAUAAUAUAAAGUAUGUAAUGUUAUAGUAGCAAGUUUACUAUUUGUUAGUGGAUAAAGAUCUAUUGAAAUGCAAAAUAUAAUUGCUGGAAUGUAUGAGACAAUGUUAAAAUGUAGAUGAUUGUUUUAGUUAUCUUUAAAGGUGUAAGUGGAACUUAAAGUUUUUGCUGUAUUUUUUAAUAAACAUUUGAAAAUAAAUUUAGUUUUAAAAUA